ACAUCGUAACAAUUUUUCUGAAACUGUCCAUUCGAAAUUCAGACACAGACAGAGAGAGAGUCAUAGGUGGACAGCUGUGGCCCUAUUGCUCGUAAAAGCCAUCUGGUGCGUACGCAGUAAAAUGUCGUUUUCACCUUCAAGUGGCUGAAUUCUGCCUUCGUUAUAAGUUAAACCCUGGUUUGUGUUUGGCUAGAUGUCUAGGUGAACUCUUAUGGCUACUUUUUAACCACGGGUGGGGUGUAGUGCUAUGAAAAGAACAAUGGGGGCUCUAUGGAACCCUCUUGCCCACCUUGACGCCUCAAGGAUCAGUGGGUCUGUCACGUUAAAACUUGACCUCGAUUUGAAGUUGAACAAUUUCUUGCCGAGAUGUUGUGGAAACAAGUCCAACUUUUUCCUCGCAAGAAACUUUUUCAACAAUCUGGCACACGCAUUGUACAAAUGAAUGAGGUAUCUUGAAUAAUGUUGCAUAUCGAAACUAGAGCAGAGCAAGAGAAAUCGCAGAGCACCUUGUCAAUUGCACAAAGAAGAGGAAACCUAGAGACACUGAGUCCCGAAGUUUUAGGCCUGAUUUUGGAAUGGCUGCCCGCAAAGACACUUCUGAAUCUCAGCGAGACUUGCCAAAAAUUGCACUCUGAAUGUCUUGGGAACGGAGUAUUGUGGAGAGAGCUUUUGAAGGCUGACUUUCGCAUCAGCUUGCUAGUCAGUGGACAAUUUGACAGCUACCAUGCAGUUUAUCGCUUGAUUUACAAAUCACAGAUUAUAUUCGAGGAAAGAAAUCAUGUCACAUUUUCAGGGAUGCUUCCUGAUUGGAUGUUUACAUGGAGCACUCUUUGUUCUUAUCCACCCAGUAUGAAAUUUUUUCUUUUGCCUAUUGGAAGGGCAAAGAAAAUUUGGGGAUUUUCAGACGAAGAAUUGCCAAAAGGGGAAUUGACAGGCGGGCGGCGCAAUAUUGCUUGGACGGAAGCUCAUGAAUCGGCAAUUUUGAAAUGGGGUUCAGAAGCUGCCUUUCAAGAACAGGUUUUAAAGAAACUUUUUCGUGGAAUCAAAAAGGUUGAGUCAAUUUUUCCAGAGGAAGCUCAAAGCAGAAGAAAACGGCUUUACAAGAAUCUCCGACUUGGAGAGAAGUAUGCGAUGAUGGAGGAUGUGUUGGUAAAAAACAAAAGUACACCAACCUAUUUAAGCUACUUCCAGCCACAGCUGAUUGGAGAACACUAUAUCAGUGGUAGACUACAUCGCUUUGGACGAAAACAAGUGAGGGAAUACAUGAAAUUUUCCAGGAGACUUUACGACGAUGCUAAGUCAAAAAUGGACGAUUUUUCUGAAGCAAACCUUGUACAGUGUGUUCUUCUUACGUAUGUUGAUCUUGCGUUGAAAGUGGAAACCCAAUUUGUGCGUUGGAAAGAAUUUUUGGAGUACAGUCAUAAGUUUGUUAAUCGUCAGCAAAAGGUUUGGAAAUGGCAAACAGAAAAAGGCUUAUGUCACCAAGUUCAGUAUAGGCCGACUGAAAAAGUGCAGGCGAAAAAGUCUUACCGGGAGUACAUUCACACUGGAGAUAUGAGCAAAUUCAGACUGUUGCGACGCCACUUUGAAGGCCUGGAGCGAAUAUCCGAAUGGGUCGGAAUGAACUGUUGGGUUUUAGAUGUUCUUGACAACCCUGUUAAAGAAAUCCUUAUCGAUAGGGACAACAUAGAAGCACCGUUGCCAGGAAGCAAUAACGACGCGAAGCAUCUGCAAAGAAAAAUAAAAGUUUACUUGCAAUCUGGAAGGGAGCAUGAUUUCCGUAUGGCUUUGUCGUCAAUAGUAAACAUAGCGAAAAAUCGACUGCAGAGGUCAGCAAACUUAAUUGAAGAGCUUGAAAGCAUUAUCAGGAAUACAGAUUCGAACCUUCUCGUCUCCGUGGAGACUGAAGUCUUUGUCAAAGACAUUUACAAGGUAACGUCGGCACGUCUAGAGGACACGGAUAUGAAGAAGAUGACAACAUGUAAUUCUCUACCCAGAAAGCUAAGGAAAAGAAGGCAUUGCGGAGCUCGUGCUGCCAAAACAAAGAAGUGUGGCAAGGCGGGCACAGAAUCGACCAGUGGAAUAUUGGCAGGUAGCUCGCAGACCGAUUUCAUAUCCAUUCCCCCGAAGCAAGCAAAGCUUUCAGUGCAAAACGAAUGAAGAUCCAUUUCCAGUUAGUCAAUACGGGAAAGUGAUUUUCAUACUGCCAAAACUUUGUGUUUAUUGCUGUGAAAUAAAUAUUCGUUCCUGUAUGAAGCAGGUUUAAACGUUCUUAUAUGAUUUCAAGAAGCUGCUUCAAGUUUACUACUACCGAAUUCGUUCAUUUGCAGGAAUCACGGGAAGGAAACAGUAUGGAAGUUGCCUUUAUGAUACCCUUUCGGCCUGUUUCUUAUCGAAUAAUACGCACUUCAGAUGUGCAUUUAACUUUUGAUAAUUAGACAGCAUUUGACUUCUUAUUCGUGUACUAACCCUUCCUAUUUGCUCAAAUUCGUUAGUUCCGUUAGAAUCAUCAAUCUCCGUCGAAACAGCUUGUGAAUAAAGUAGCAUUUUCUUCACGAUUUUAAUAUUCUUGAACCCUUGUAAGACGGCAUGUGAAGUUAACUUUGAGUAUUUCGUCAGAUCUGAGUAUCAAGUCUACAUACAGUCCAAAUCUGGUGCUUUGACUGCCUGCUGAUUCUAUUUGUUUCUUUAUUCGAAUGAGAAUUUUUCCUUGAUUGUUAUCCUUGUUAUAGUCAAAUUUGAUGUUUCGAGCUUUCGAUUACUCGAACAAAUUUUGAUUGUUCGUAUUACUGGACGUUCAAGGCAGUAAAAAUUAUGUCAGAUAUAUAGCUGUUGCUGAAUCUUACAAAAGACUUAAUGUUUUUAAAUGAAAACCGUGCCUUUCAUUCAGUAUUUCUUUGAUUUAGUGUAUAGCUGUUAAGCUGUUAAGAUUUAGUGUAUAGCUGAGCUUGAGCUUAGCUUUUAGAAGAUUGAGUAAAAAGGCAGAAGGGAAAUCCCAUUCAUAAGAAUUCAACCCUUUGGCAAGCCUAUAUGCAAAUGUUUUCGAGGCAAACCAAGUUUGCCAUCGGCAAGGAAGCUCACACAAGGCAUAUUUUUUCAAAUUGAAAAUAGCGAAAUAUGCCUUCACUAGCAGAUUGCUGCUAUCCAAUUGGCGUUUGUCCCACAACUUCUGACACUUCUUCUCUGAAACGAGGAUAACCAAACGACAAUUUUUAUCAUCGCAUCGAAGGAAGAACGAAGGGGCCACAGCGAGUUUUCCUUCUGCUCUUUUUCAAUGAUGCGAUUUUGGUUCUACCUUCCUCUUCGAUAGUCUCGCUAUAAAGUCGAUGCUUCAGUAUAUUUUUACAGAAGAUUUAUCAUUGAAAUUCGAAUCUGCGUUGAGUUCUGUUUAAUUCAUAAUUUUAAGAUUCUAAUACAAUAAUUAAUGCAAUACUUAUACGUUAGUAGGUUAUCUGUAAUACGGAGUGAUAUUUUCAUGUCCUGCAAAGGACUCCUUUGUUUUCAUAAGGGGAAGAAAAGCUUUACAUGACUGGGAAAAUAUUUAAAACAAAUUAUUUUUUACUUAAAUAUGCCACUUGCUUUGAAAUGAAAAGUGCGAUCGAAUAAAUUCGGAGUAAGGACUGUGAUAGCUCAAAAUGUUUGUGAUAUGAAUGCCAGUGUUCAUGUCUAAAAUUAAAUAUCUGUGAGAUUAUUUAAGAGGUUGGUGUAUUAAGGAAGAUUAUUUUCUAGUAGCAGACAUGUAUACACAUUUAUUAGAUGUUAAAGUAGAAAUAGUAAGUAGCAGUUUAAUUAAAUGCACCGGUAAUAAAUGUCAAAACUGUGAGACAUGCAAAACGAGAGGUCCACAGAUUAAGAUAGAUGUAUCCUGUUAGAUCGUACCCCAAAUAAUACGGAUUUUUACUAAGUUGGGCUGAUUUUCAGUUCCUAUUGGAUUUUCCUAUUACAUUCAAGUCACAAGUCAUACCCCGGAUAAUACGGAUUUUUACUAAGUUGGGCUGAUUUUCAGUUCCUAUUGGAUUUUCUAUUACAUUCAAGUCACAAGUCAUACCCCGGAUAAUACGGAUUUUUACUAGGUCGGGCCGACUUUCAGUUCUUAUUGGAUUUUCUUAUUACAUUCAAGUCACAAGUCAUACCCCGGAUAAUACGGAUUUUUACUAGGUCGGGCCGACUUUCAGUUCUUAUUGGAUUUUCUUAUUACAUUCAAGUCACAAGUCGUACCCCGGAUAAUACGGAUUUUUACUAGGUCGGGCCGACUUUCAGUUCCUUAUUGGAUUUUCUUAUUACAUUCAAGUCACAAGUCGUACCCCGGAUAAUACGGAUUUUUACUAGGUCGGGCCGACUUUCAGUUCUUAUUGGAUUUUCCUAUCACAUUCAAGUCACAAGUCGUACCCCGGAUAAUACGGAUUUUUACUAAGUCGGGCUGAUUUUCAGUUCUUAUUGGAUUUUCUUAUUACAUUCAAGCCACAAGUCAUACCCCGGAUAAUACGGAUUUUUACUAGGUCGGGCCGACUUUCAGUUCUUAUUGGAUUUUCCUAUUACAUUCAAGUCGCAAGUCGUACCCCGGAUAUGUCAGACGCACUAAAUCGGAUCAUUUUCUUGUAUCCGUUGAAGGUCCGACUCCAAUAGAUUCAACUGUAUUAAAUUGACAUAUUUGGAAACUCUUGGUGUCCGUACAUUCAUGUUCAGUCAGUAACAAUGAAAAUAUGAAAUGUAAAUGUUUGCAAGAACUGCUUAGGUCCUGUCCUUACUGGUGCGUUUUUGCUUUUAAGAAACUCCAUUUUCGUCAAGUUUUUAGCAUCUUAAUUACAGAUGCGUCCAUGUUGCUUCUCCAAAUGUCACCAUUUUGAAACUAUUUCCGAUUAUCUGAGUUUUCAAAUGUAUCAGUUUCCAAUCUAUGAUGUAGACUCCAAGCCAAAACGGAUACAAAUGUACACUUUUUCCUAUUUAUGUACCAGUAUGGGUGGGGAGUUGCUUCGCUAGGUCCUGACGUAAACCGUUAGUUGAUAGGUUUUCUUAUAGUAGUUGAUUAAUGUAUUCAUCAUCCAAUAAUUUUUAUGUAAAUAGCCUAUAUCUUAAUGAUUAAUUCAUAUAACGUAUGAUUAAUUGUUUUAUUUUGCUAGA